CUCCAGCCUCCAGCAGCAGUGCGCCGCUGCCGCCGUUACUUUCAGUCGCCGCCGUCCUUCACUUCUCGUUUCAUCGCCUUUUACACUAGACGACUGUGGCAUGGGUACGAUUGAAUAAGUACCGCUUCCCCCCCCUGCUGAACCGUCUUCAGAUCGCUGGAGGAGAAGCGGGCAGAGCGUCCCCGGGCCGGCCGAGCGCAGAGCGUGAUGGAGUACUGGAGGCAGUGCGCGCUGUGGCUCAUCCACUGCAAGGUGCUGCCCGCCAGCCACCGCGUCACCUGGGACAGCGCGCAGGUGUUUGACCUGGCCCAGACCCUCCGGGAUGGGGUCCUCCUCUGCCAUCUGCUCAACAACCUGAGAGCCCACAGCAUCAACCUGAAGGAGAUCAACCUCCGGCCGCAGAUGUCACAGUUCCUGUGCCUGAAGAACAUCAGGACGUUCCUGAUGGCGUGCAGUGACAAAUUCGGAAUGAAGAAAAGCGACCUGUUCGACGCCUUUGACCUGUUUGAUGUCAGAAACUUUGGAAAGGUGAUGGACACACUGUCCAGACUUUCUCACACAAUGAUCGCACAGCAGACUGGAAUCAGACCCUUUCCUACCGAGGAGAGUGUUGAAGACGAGGACAUCUACAACCACCUGGAGGACCUAAUAGAUGAGAGCGGCGUGGACGACGAGGAGGAUCUGUACGACUGCGUGUACGAUGAUGAAGAGGGUGGAGAGAUCUACGAGGAUCUGAUGAAGACAGAAGCCAUCCCUCCUCCGCCGUUCCAGAAGCAGGCGGAGACCGACAUCAGGGGUUGCUGUCUCACAGAGAUCAAGCAGACAGAGGAGAAAUACACAGAGACCCUGGAGUCAAUAGAAAAGCACUUUAUGAUGCCCCUCACCGUGUUCUUUUCCAUGGAAGAGAUGGCCAAGGUGUUUGUGAAUAUCCCGGACCUGGUUAAGGUUCACAAGUGUUUACUGCUGGAAAUCCAAGAUUCUCUCCAUCACAGAAGUGCCCAAAACCUUUACCAGAUCUUCAUCGCUUACAAAGAGAGGUACACCAAGUUUUAUUUAUCUUCUCCUGGUGGUUACGCGCCUUAUACGUUACAACUAAGAUUGUUUUGGUCCUUUUGUCGUCUCAGGUUGUUGAUUUAUGGGAAAUACUGCAGCCAUGUGGAGACAGCCAUUGCCACCCUCGAUAGCAUCUCCAAAAACAGGGAGGAUGUACGCAUGAAGCUGGAGGAAUGUUCAAAGAGAGCCAACUAUGGGAAGUUCACUCUGAGAGAUCUGCUGGUGGUUCCGAUGCAGCGCGUCUUGAAGUAUCAUCUCCUGCUGCAGGAGCUGGUGAAGCACACUCACGACACCACCGACAAGAGUAACCUACGGACGGCAUUAGACGCCAUGAAGGACUUGGCUCAGUACGUGAAUGAAGUGAAGAGGGACAAUGAGACGUUGCGAGAAAUAGAUCAAUAUCAGAGAUCCAUUGAAAAUCUGAAUCAGCCGCUCAGCAACUACGGCAGACCCAAGGGUGACGGGGAGGUGCGCGUGGCCUCGGUAGACAGACGGGCCAAACAGGACAGGCACAUCUUCCUGUUCGACGCUGCGGUGAUUGUUUGUAAGCGGCGGGGAGACAACUACGAGAUGAAGGAAGUGAUUGACCUGCACCUCUUCAAGAUCACCAACAACCCCACGUCUGACAAGGAGAGCCGAAAGUGGUCCUACGGAUUCUACCUCACUCACAACCAGGGCCAGAGCGGCUUUGAGUUCCUGUUCAAGACCAAAGAGCUGAAAAAGAAGUGGCUGGAUCAGUUUGGCAUGGCCAUAUCAAAUAUUCGCCCCGAGAAUGCAACCGACAACUUCCACGAGUUUCGAAUGCACACCUUCGAAAGAAUCACCUCCUGCAACUCCUGCCACAUGCUGCUGAGGGGCGUCUUUAACCAGGGCUACCUGUGCUCCAAGUGCGGCUUAGGUGCCCAUAAAGAAUGCCUGGGUCGCUUUGGCUGCUGCGGGAAAACAGAUUCCGGCUCCGUCAGAACUCAGGGCAAAAAUCGGGAUCCAGGCCUGCCCAAGAUGCUGGUGAUCAGGAACUACUUCGGGGUUCCCAGUCCCACCUCUGGGCCGCCGCUCAACAUCCAGACGGGGGACACCAUCGAGUUAAUCUGCGCAGACCUGCACAGCCCUUGGUGGCAGGGCAGGAACCUGUCUACAAGGGACGUUGGCUUCUUUCCAAGCGACGCAGUGAGGCCGUGUCCAUGUGUCCCGAAGCCUGUCGAUUACUCUUCUCAACUUUGGUUUGCCGGCCCUAUGGAGAGGCUGCAGGCCGAGGCAGAGCUCCUCAACAGGGUCAACAGCACCUACCUGGUGCGCCAUCGCAGCAAGGAGUUCACGGAGUACGCCAUCAGCAUCAAGUACAACAACGACGUGAAGCACAUAAAGAUCCUGACCAAGGAGGGCAGCUACUACAUUGCAGAGAACAAGAAGUUCAGGAGCAUAUUAGAGCUGAUAGAGUACUACAAGCACCACUCCCUGAGAGAGGGCUUUAAGAGUCUGGACACCACCCUGCAGUUUCCCUACCGGCAGCCGGAGAACGCCGCCGUGCACCGCCUCAACCGCUCAGGCAGCAACAUGCUCACCCCCAAAGUGAUUGGUGUGGCGAUAGCGAGGUACGACUUCAGUUCCCGGGACACGCGGGAGCUGUCGCUGCAGGAGGGCGACGUGGUCAAGAUCUACACCAAAUCCGGAGCCAACGGCUGGUGGAGGGGCGAGGUCAACGGCAGGGUUGGCUGGUUUCCAUCCACGUACGUGGAAGAGGGUGAGGAGUGAAGGUCUCGCCCGGGAAGGAGCGUCAGAUCAAAGAAGAAGCGCGGCGGUGGAGCGAGCGACCCGGGCCUCUGCACGGCUGCAGGGGGAAGGCAGCGCCUCCCCGUCCUCCACCGCCCUGUUGCCUACAACCAUCCCAGAGGCCUUCGCCGCAGAAAAAAAGGGCUACGAUACAUCACAGAUGCAAAGAUGCUCCAUCAUCUCUGGUGGACUGUGGUCGUGUGGCUAAGCGGCUCCACCAACAAAGCAGCUUGCCUGUCAGCGGGGAACAAGCACUCGCCAGACACCUCCGCUCUCCCCUCCUUUACCUCAUCCAUCCAUCUAUAAUUCAUCUCUGGCUUCCUCCCGGCCCCAGCCGCCCGGCAGCCUCCCCAACGCCUCCGACUCCCACCUGUUUCCGCCUGCCAAGUCAGCCACCGCCACAACUGUCACAGGCGAAUUCUCAAACACCGCUCUGUCAUUCAUCCGCUCAUCCAUUCAUCCAUCACUCCAUGAGGGAAUAGAGUCGUCUGAGUGGAGGAGGAGAGCGGGCGCUGCAAAGCUUCUCUCUCUGUUCCGUCUGCCAUCCCCACUCCGGCGCGCUCUGAAGGGAUUUCAGCCCGUUCUGACCUUGCCUGUGUGUUUGCUGCACAAAUGCACGCGGUUAUUGACGACCCGGCGGCCCGACUUCACACACCACCCACCGCUCAUCCCCUUAAGAUUACAAUGGCUGCAGCGUCUCAGACACACAGUCUUACAGGAGACGGAGGAGAGGGAUGGUGUCG